UGGUCCCACAGUGUAAUUUGACCGUUGUCAUUUCUACAGGUCAAGAAGGAAUGGAUGAUGACACACCAGAUGAGGUUAUUGCUGAGUUGAAGUCCAGGCCCAUUGGAGUAUGGGGUGUUGCUCAGAUAGCCGCUGGCACUGGGCUUGCUGUAUAUGCCAUGUGGGCAGGAAUCCUCCAGCCAGGCUUCCGAAAAGUCCCCUUGAAGCUACAGGUUCCCUACAUUCCUGCCAGCAGAGCCCAAGUACAAAAUGUGAUGACCCUUCUCAGAGGUCGACAGGGAGGUCUUGUGGAUUUAGGAUCUGGUGAUGGUCGUAUAGUCUUGGAAGCCCAUCGGCGUGGUUUCAUUCCUGCUGUCGGUUAUGAGCUUAACCCCUGGCUUGUUCGCCUGGCCCGAUUUUAUGCAUGGAGAGCAGGCCAUCAUGGAAAAGUAUCGUACCGACGAGAAGACCUCUGGAAGGUGGACUUGACAAAAUGCAAGAAUGUCACUGUGUUUUUGGCUCCUAGUGUGCUUUCGUUGUUGCAGGAGAAGUUAGAGGCCGAGCUGCCUGAUGAUGCCUUAGUGGUGGCAGGCCGUUUUCCCCUUCCUGACUGGAAACCUUGCAUAAUUGAGGGACAUGGCAUGGACAGAGCUUGGGCAUACAGCGUGCAAGAACAAAGACAGCACACUGUCAACAGAAAUAACCUCACAGCCACAGAGUCUUUUACAGUGAACUAACCAAAGCCCUAUAUAUGUAUAUAUUUUUUUUAUUUUUAUUUUAUUUUAUUUUUUUGCUCUCCUACAAUUGUAACAUAGACUUUUAUAAAUUUGCUACUUUUAUGACAUAAAUCACAUUAACUGAAAUGUGACAGAUUUUUUCAACAUCUGCAGCAGGAUAUUUCACACAUGCUGCUGUUGCUUUACUCCUCUGUGGCCCGGGGACUGUGUUCACAAACAGAGAGAGAAUCCUGGCAGAGAGCUUGAAUAAUGGUGUACUUAUAAAAACUAAGUAAUAUAAUUAAUUCAUAGUGUGAAUGUGAGUGUGAAUGGUUGCCUGUGUCUCUGUGUUAGCACUGCGACAGACUGGCUAAUUAUUAGUCAGUUAGUCAUCUAAGAAGGGAAGACUUUUAAAUAUUCAUCUGCUCUGGAGUUUGCAUUGCCACCCAUAUAAUAAAGAGCUGUAAGUAACGUUCUGCUUUUGAUGCCAUUAUUUUAACUCUUUUUUUUCCCCUUUUUUUUAGUAUUUGUUGUAUGUGUAAUAUUUGACUUAAGAGAAAUGUUUCAAUCCCAGAAUGCAGCAGGCUUUUCUGAAGUAGCAAUCGUGUAAAUGCUUUGUGAAUGUAGAUUUAGGGUGCUUAGUGCUGGCAAAAAUGUUCUGUGUGUGCAAUGUGGCUUCAAGUAACUGAGCACAUGGUAUCCAAAGUGUCCAUGCAGUAACAACAGCACAGUUGUUGUACUAUAUACAUUGCUGUAUUCUUGUAUGACACAGUAAGCUUUAUAAAUGUUAUCUAUGUAUACAUGCAUGCAUCUAUCCUGUGUUGUAAAUAAUCAUACAUUGCUCCAUU